GUUACCAAGUUCACACCAAAAACCUACUACUGCCGGAAACAUUCUUCCGAUUUUACCUUCCUCAAUGUCCCAAGCCCUUAAUCUCCCUCUACCCGCCGGCCGGCCACUCCGUUCUUCAUCACCCUCCGCCUCAUCUUUCAGAUUUCUCCGGCGUCUACCUGUGAAGUCCUCAAAGAAGCGCAGAACUUCGAUCGGCGCUGUUGCGAUGGAGGCCGAUCCAGUAGUGAUCGAUUGUCGGCGGUCAAUUAGUCUCUAUGAGGUGCUCCGAGUCAACCAGAAUGCGUCUCCGACGGAAAUCAAGUCGGCAUAUAGGAGCUUGGCCAAGCUUUACCACCCUGAUUCGGCCGUGCGCCAAUCGGAAUCGGACGGAAGGGACUUCAUCGCGAUCCACAACGCCUAUGAGACGCUGUCCGAUCCGUCGGCCAGAGCACUGUAUGAUCUGUCUUUGAGGGCUGCUCGCCGGAGGAGACGUCCGUAUCUAUCAUCGAUGCAAGAUCGGUCUUCCGGAUUCUACACGACCCGAAGAUGGGAGACGGAUCAAUGCUGGUAGCGAUAUUUGCAUUUUCGUCCUUUUUUGGGAUUAACAAAUUAAUUAAUUGUGAAAUUUUGAUUGGAAAAAGAAAGGAAAAAAAUGAUUGGAAAACAGAAUGCGGAUUGAAAUUUGAACCAUAGGCAUUGGGUUGAUGAUGAGUGGUUUGCAGAAUGUACAAAAGAUCCAUGAUGAUCCUUCUUUGUUGAGGAAGAAGGAAAAAAUUGUGUUACUAAUAUUUUAUAUAUAUUUUUGAAAAUUUUAUUUCA